AUGUCUUCCUCCGCCUACCAUCGGAACCCGGUUUCUUUUUCGCAGCCUCACUCGUGUGCAGGCGCUGGCGCCGCCUCGUCCGUAGCCGAGCAUUCCUCCGCCGCUUUUGCGCAUUCUAUCGAACACCUCCCGUGCUCGGCUUUUUCCAGAACCUCUGGACACUCAGCUGCCCCCCUGGACCAGCGCAUCCGCUUCGUCCCCACUGCCGCCACCUCCACGAGGUUCUCCCCGCUGACUGGCUUGCAGUACUGGGUGCUUGACUGCUUCCACGGCCGCGUUCUCCUCUACAGCGACGCUGACAAAGAGUUCCUUGUCUGGGACCCCAUGGCCGGAGACACACACUAUGUGAGCGCGCCCCCGGAUCUGAUUUGGCGAGAUAUCGCCGCCGCCGUAGUCAGCGUGGCCGGGCACGAUGACCUCACCGAUUGCCACUCGAGCCUGUUCCAAAUCGUCUUGUUGGACAGCAAGGUGGACGAUCGAUACUGGGUAUCUGCUUGCAUCUACUACUCAGAAACGGGCAUCUGGGGCGAUUGGGCUGCAAUCGGAACGCCAUCUAUCAUUAGUUCAGAGUCAAACGCCUUUGUGGGCAAUUCUGUGUACUGCAAGCUCGAUUUUGCCGAGGAAGACAGCAAUCACAUUCUUGAGUUUGAACUGCAUGGCCAGAGAUUGGGUUUGAUUGAGCUGCAGAGGGCACUAGGGAAAAUUAUAUGUGUGGCUGGGUGGGCACUGCUCAGGAUAAUUGAUAUGGACAAGCUCACUCUCCCUGGUGUCCCAGUUGGAGAUAUGUUCUUAUGGUCUUCUGCAGUUGCAUUUGCUAGGGACAGUGAAGACCUUUUCCUACAAGCAGAAGCUGGCAUCUUCAUGAUCAAUCUGAGGUCAAUGCACCUCAGGAAAGUGCUUGAAGCAAGUGGCUCAGCUAUUUAUCCCUAUGCAAGCUUCUACACUCGAGGUUGUGACAUUGCGGGCAUAGAUGACAGAGAUGAAUAA